AGCAGAUGUUAUUAAAGUAUUGGAGUCUGACUUCAAAGACGCUGGUGAAGAUGAUAAAACUGUGUCACAGGAUGACAUCCUCUUUUUGACCAAACUGCAGCAAGGCAUAAGGAAGAAUGACCACGGGCAUUACGAGAUGCCUCUUCCCUUCAAAAGAAGACCUAAUUUCCUUAACAAUAAGCAGCUGGCCAUUGUAAGGCUCAAUCAUCUUAAAAGGAAAUUGCUGAAAGAUGAAAAGUACAAGGAACACUAUGUGAGGUUUAUGGAAGAGGUCAUUGAAAGAGGUGAUGCAGAAGAAGUGCAUGAUGAAGGAAAGGAUGGAGAGAAGUGGUACAUCCCUCAUCAUGGGGUGUACCACCCUAAGAAGCCAGACAAGCUCCGUGUUGUCUUCGACUGCUCCGCCAAGUACCAGGGAACCAGCCUCAAUGACCACUUGCUCCAAGGCCCAGAUUUAAUGAAUAAUCUGACUGGUGUUCUUGUAAGAUUCAGACAACAUCCCAUUGCCCUUAUGUGCGAUGUUGAAAAGAUGUUUCACCAAUUUCACGUGGAAGAAGCAGAUCGAAACUACCUCCGUUUUCUCUGGUGGAAAAAUGGAGACUUAGCUUUACACCCACAUGAAUACCGCAUGAAGGUCCAUCUUUUUGGUGCAACCUCAUCACCUGGAUGCGCCAACUAUGGUCUGAAACAUCUUGCUAAGGAGAAUGAGGGUAUGUAUCCUCUUGGCUCAAAAUUCAUCACAAAAGACUUUUAUGUAGAUGACGGUGUCACCAGUGUAGUCAGCACAGAAGAAGCUAUCCAGGUAGCAAGAGAAGCUCGACAACUGUGUGCCUCAGGUGGUCUUAGACUGCACAAAUUUAUUUCAAAUGACAAAGUUGUCCUGGAUAGCAUUCCAAUUUCUGAACGAGCUGUUGAAGUAAAGGCGCUUGACCUCAGCUUCGAUGACACACCUUUAGAGAGAGCUUUAGGGAUCCACUGGCACAUUGAUUCUGACAACUUCAGAUUCUCUGUUGACCUCAAAGACCAGCCAGCAACACGCCGUGGCAUACUAUCCACAGUUGCGUCUCUGUAUGAUCCACUGGGCUUUAUUGCUCCUUUCCUGCUCAGUGGAAAACUAGUGCUUCAGGAAAUGUGCAGAAACGGAACAGGCUGGGAUGACCCCCUUCCUAAAGAAUUGCAGCCUAGCUGGGAGCAUUGGAAAGCAGAUCUUGUGAACUUGGAAAAGAUCAGUAUACCCCGCUGCUAUGUGCCUGCAAACUUUGGAAAGGUCAUCAAAAGGGAACUUCAUCACUUCUCUGAUGCGAGCAACAGCGGAUAUGGCCAGUGUACCUAUUUGAGACUCACAAGCAAAGAAGGAAAUAUCCAUUGUGCCCUGGUCAUCGGUAAAUCCAGAGUUGCUCCCAUUAAGGUCCAGACCAUCCCCAGGCUCGAAUUGACAGCUGCUGUCAUCUCAGUUGCCAUGAGCAAUAUGCUUAAACGGGAGCUACAAUAUGCAGACAUAGAAGAGCACUUCUGGACCGACUCCCAAGUGGUUUUGGGAUACAUAAACAACGAAGCACGCCGUUUUCACACAUUUGUGGCGAACAGAGUGCAAAAGAUACAUCUCAGCACUACUCCUCAACAGUGGAGAUAUGUUCCCACUAAUGAAAACCCUGCUGACCAUGCGUCGAGAGGUUUAAACGCUGGUGAGAUUCUUACAUCUAAUUGGUUGACAGGGCCAGGAUUCUUAUGGAAGAAGGAUAUACCUCCUGUUGCAGAUAUUGACACAGCACUAACGAUUGGAGAUCCUGAAGUGAGACAGGCUCAGACACUGAGUGCACAAGCAACAGAAGUCAGCCUCUCAGACCGCUUGUCAAAGCUGUCUUCGUGGUCUGGAGCUGUCCAAGCUGUGGCUCGCCUCAUUCGACGAGCCAAAGGGGACAAAUCCAGCAGCCACAGUACGGUAGCUGAACGAGAAGAUGCUAAACGCAUCAUCAUUAAAGAUUUACAAAGAAACACCCAUCCAGAGGAUAUCAAGUUAUUGAGCAAGGGGACCCAGCUGUCACCUGGCAGCAAGCUGUAUCAUCUUGAUGCCUUCCUGGAUCAAGAAGGAGUACUCAAGGUAGGAGGAAGACUUUGUGAUGCAUCUUUACCCAACUCAAUCAAACACCCAGUGAUCAUUCCUAAAGAUCACCACAUAACGAAGAUGAUCAUCUCUCAAUGUCAUGAGAAUGUCAAGCACCAAGGAAAGGGUCUCACAAUUAAUGAGAUCAGAUCACAAGGCUACUGGAUUCCAGGAAUUAGCAGAGCAGUAGCAUCCCAUGUGCAUCACUGUGUGACAUGUCGGAAGCUCAGGAGACCCACAGAAGAACAAAGAAUGGCCGACCUCCCUUCAGAGCGUACGAAUCCAUCCCCACCGUUUACGUACUGUGGUAUGGACUGCUUUCGUCCCUUUAUCACUAAACACGGUCGGAAGGAUCAUAAAAGGUACGGCCUCCUCUUCACGUGUUUCAGCUCCAGAGCUAUUCAUAUAGAAAUGCUAGAUGACAUGUCUACAGAUGCUUUCAUCAAUGGCUUACGCUGUUUCAUUGCAUUGCGGGGAGCAGUGCGCCAAAUCAAGUGUGACCAAGGCACCAACUUUGUAGGAGCCAAGAAUGAGCUGAAAAAUGCUCUCAAGGAGAUUGAUGCUGAUCGUUUGACAGUGUUCUUAGCUGAAAAACAGUGCGAUUUUGUCCUAAAUGCGCCCCAUUCAAGUCAUGCUGGUGGGGUAUGGGAGAGACAAAUCAGAACAGUGAGGAAUGUUCUUCGCUCAACUCUCUCACUCUAUUCUGGCAGACUGGACGAUGCAUCACUGCGGACAUUCUUUUAUGAAGCUAUGGCGAUCGUAAACAGUAGACCACUCUCAGUUGAUAACUUAAACGACCCCAACAGUCUUGCACCUCUCACCCCUAAUAACCUGCUUACUAUGAAGUCUAUUCCAGCAUUACCACCACCAGGCAGAUUCAUCAGAGAAGACAUCUAUGCAAGGAAAAGGUGGCGUCAUGUUCAGUACCUUGCAGAGCAGUUUUGGAGUCGUUGGCGUAAGGAGUAUCUAUCCAACAUUGCCAUCAGACAGCGCUGGCACACAGUAAAGAGAAACCUGCAAGUAGGAGACAUUGUCAUGGAAAAGAUUGAUGAUCUGCCCAGAAAUGAGUGGCGGUUGGCCAGAGUUACAGAGACUACUACAGAUAAAGACGGGCUUGUGAGAAGAGUAAAAGUAUGCCUUGGUGACCGAAAUCUGGAAACGGAUGGUCGUCGCCUCAACAAGCUGUCUGUCAUUGAACGCCCAGUCCAGAAGCUGAUCCUGUUGCUAGAGACCGUCUAG